AUGGGUGAGAUUGUGGAGGAGUUGAAUCCUCUUGUUGGCGGUAACGAUGGGCAUGAAUUCGAGAAUAUUAGUAAGGCGGAAAUCGUCCUCAAAACCAUUGGCCCUGCACGCCCUUCUCGUCUUCUUGUUCCAUCUUCCAUCAAGGUUUGUGAUUUGAGAGGAUUAGUUGCCAGCAAUGGUCAUUUACCGAUUGAUAAUGUGAGUCUUAUCCUGCGUGGAAAUGUAUUAUGUGAUAUGAAGAAUGGAGAAGAUGUGUACAUUCAACUCAAUGACGGAGAUUCCUUAAUUGUUGCUGUCAAACCAAAGCCACCAGUUCGUGAUGGAUAUGAUGACGAUGACGAUGACGAUCUGAAGUUUAAGCUUCCCCGUUCGUCAAGUUGGUGGAAGAAGAGGCUUUACUCUUUUCUACACGAUAACUUGAAGCUUCCAGAUAUCAUUUUGAUGUUUAUAUUCUCUCUGAGCUUGAAAGCAUGGGCUUUCACAAUCAUGUGGUUUAUCCUGGCACCCAUUGCCCAUAAAUGGGAUCUGGGACCCUUAUAUAUAAUUGCUACGGGCUUUUCUCUAAUUCUCUUUAAUCUCGGAAAGCGCCAAGCUGGUGACGUCAGCGCAUAUUCUAUCUUCAAUGAAGACUUUAGAGAGCUUCCGGGGACCCUUAAUGCAGAUCGUCUUGAUAGAGAUAUAAGAGCAGGACAGUUUUGAACAACCACCUCCCAAAAAGAGGAAAAU